AUGGAAACAAUUGCAACACCAGCAGAUGUUAUGCGUCGCUUUCGGCUGCUGCAGCUGGCAAACAGCAGAGCCAGGAAGCAGCGGCUGCAGCUGGCGGAGCGGCGGCUGGGCUCUGCUGCUGCUGCUGCCCCCGCCAAGCCCGACACUACAGCAGCAGCAGCAGCAGCAGCAGCAAAGCACGACGCAGCAGCAGACCCAGCAGCGGACCUGCACAGUGGCCAGAGACCGCUGCUGCCAGCCAAGGCAACUUGGGGUGUAUCGCAGCAGCAAAGAGCUCUCUUCUUAAGCCGCCGCAAGCAAGCCGGAGCUGCUGCUGCUGCUGCUGCUGCUGGGGCCGGCGCUGCAACUGCUGCAGCGGCUGUUCCUGCUUCGAAGAGCGGGGUCUCGGCAACCGUCAGCAGCGCAGCAGCAGCAGCAGCAGAGCGGCGCUCCCGCCGCAACUACCCCACAAUCGUUGUGGAAGCAAGCAGCACUCCUGAGGAGAUACAAGAGCUUGAAGAGCAGCAGCAGCAGCAGCAGCAGCAGCACUUGCACCACCACCACCAUCAGCGCACAGCCAACGGCAGCGGCAGCAGCAAAACACCCCAAGCAGAAGCAGCAGAGAUCGAGCUGCUGCUGCUGCAGCUACCUUGGGUGCAGCAGCAGCAAGCCGCAAACGGAGACGCAGCAGACGCAGCAAAUGUACCAACAAACGAAGACCCCGCGAACGCAGCAGCAGCAGCAGCAGGGGUGACACGAGAAGGAGAAGGAGCAGCGGACGCCAGCGCAGCAGCAGACGCAGCAGCAGGAGGCGUGCCCAGCGGCUCCCCAACAGCAGCAGCAGCAGCAGCAGAUGAAAUAGAACCCCUCGAGCAGCUGCCGCCUUCGCUGCUGGCACUUAUAGAACUUCACUUCCGACGCGCAACAGUUGCUGCUGUUGAAGAAGACAAAAGAGCUUUAGAGAUGGCCAGGCCUUUGUGGCUGCAGAAGCAGCUAGCAGCAGCAGCAGCAGCAACGGGGGCAGCAAGAGCGGGCGAACCCGCUCCAGACGCCGCAGCGCAGCAGCCGCACGGCUCGGCAGCAGCAGCAGCAGCGCAGCGACCCCAAAGCCACCGCAGAGACGCAGAGCCCCACCAAUUGCUGCAGCAGCAGCAACAGCAGCAGCAACGCCGCAGGCAGCAGGAGCAGCUAACUCUGAGGUCAAGCCAUCACUCCUGGUUCACCUGCACUGAGCAGCCCCAGCAGCAGCAACAGCAGCAGCAGCACGGGGCCCCACGAACAGCAGCAGCAGCAAUCCCCCGCCGCGCGCUUGAGCGGCUCGUGCUGCUGUUCAAGAGAGACUUGCUGCCGCAGCAGCUGCCCUCAGCUCUAGCCCAAAGCAGCAGCAGCAGCAGCAAAGCAGCAAACAGCUCGCAGCGCUUCGGAAGCAAACUCUUAUCAACAAAAACUUGA